AUGCCGAUCGGUGCUCGUAACCCGUUCGCUAAACCCCCUACUGGCCCACCAUAUUGCUAUGAAUACGAGAUGCCGAGAAACGGGGCACAUCAGCCUGUGGCGGCAUCCAAAUGGGCUACAAAGCUAGACACGACGGCAACAAAUAUCGGGCCGCUCACCACGCGUUUCACUCCUCCAGCAUCAUGUUCGGAUAUCCGUACCAGGACGUACCUGGACCUCUGGCCCAAGCUCGAAAUGGGCUGUGAAGGACCUGGCGGGAGCGACUGUUGCCCCAGCAAUUGGCGGGAAGAUGUCUACUACAGCCCUGGAAUGUGUCCUGCCGGGUACCAGAGCUGCACACUGCCCACGUCGAAACAACGCCGAGAGACGACUGUCAUGUGCUGUCCAGAUAAUUUCGCCUGUAACGGUCAAUUUCGGUGUACCCGCCCGUUGAAUACGAGAAUUCCUCUUACCAUGGAUGGCCCCAAGACUACUACAACGCGGACUGAACAUGCUAUAACGGCCACCCCAAUCCAGAUCCGCUUCAGAGCGGCCGAGUCAACGGUUGUGCCGGUUCCAACUGCGUCGUUAGAGCUGCCGAGAGGAUAUCUUUACACACGCGAAAAAGUUGGUAUCGGGAUUGGAGUUGCCGCUGCCGUUGGUUUGUUUACAGCUGGCGUAUACUUCUGCUGCUGCUACGGUGGGAAGAAGAGAAAAAUGAGGGCUAGGGUACCCACGACUCCCCUAGAAGAUAAUACCACUAGUACGCCAGAUGGACCUCCUCCGGCCUAUCCUGGGAAAUAG